AUGGAAGCUCUUCUCAACCAAUGGCUCUGGAGACAGGAAUACUGGCUUCCCCCUGGAGUUACCUGGGAAGACAUGAAGGAAACAGAAAAUGUCCAUUAUCCUAGACCUUCUCAUCUCUUUUUUGGUAUUCCAUGUGCACUCAUCCUUACUGGUUUGAGAUUUAUAUUUGAAAGGUUUGUGGCUUUACCUCUGAGCAAAAAAAUGGGCUUACGGGAAAGGUACAAACGGAAAACCUUCAAUUAAACCAAUUCUGGAAGACUUUUACUCAAAGAAUGGAAAUCAUCCAACUGAGCUGGAGAUUUACAAUCUACUUAAUUUCAUUCCUUAUUGGUGUUGCUGUAAUUAUCGACAAACCGUGGUUUUGGGACCAAAGGGAAUUCUGGACCGAUUAUCCCUAUCA